AAGCUCAAACACACUGGAGAGCUCCCCAAGACAGGCGUGCAUGUGGGGAUAACAGACCCCGCGAACAGCGUUCCCCAUUUCCCCACGGAACCUCGUCUCGUCUUGUCUCGUUUGCGACUGUUAGCUCUACAACAACGCGCGCGCGUCCAAAAGAGCAUCGCAAGCUCCUUUGAUUUUGUCGCGAUGGAGUCCUCCGACGCGCAAAAAGCCCAGGCCGAUCCUGUCUUGCCCACCACGCCGACACCAGACGCCGCCGCAGCUGUGCCCACCACAGAAGAGAAGAAGGAUGCCGUGCCAGUGCCGGCGAGCACCACUUCUCAGGCCGCCGCAGCGCCAGCGCCGGCGCCGGCGGCAGUAGCCGACGAGGGCAACGACGAGGGCGACGAUGUCCCGGAUCCCGACGAGGAUGACCUAGACGAUCUGGACGACAUGCUGGACGAGUUUUCGUCUGUCAAGGUCGGUGGAUCGCAAAAGCAGCCACCCGCCUCUGGUCCCGGCAGACCAGCUGUAGAGCCAGCGACUGCCGCGGCCCCGAACGCACCCAGCCUGAGUGCCGAGGCGCCUUUGCCUGGUGGUGCUGAAGAUCUCUCGGAGGCGGAAUUCCAGCGCCAGCUGCAGGAGGGUAUGGCCGAGCUCAUGAGCGACUUGGAGAACUCGGUAUGUUGUUUUCGAGGCGGGGGAUGUCUCGACACCUGCCGCGCGCGCGCGCGCCCUGCAAACUGUCUUCAAGACAUGCUGACGCCAUGUUGCGCACACACACAGCCCGACAUGCAGAAACAGUUCGAGAGCAUAUUCAAGGGUCUCAACGCCGCCGUGGAGCCAGAUGAGCCCAUCGGCAGCACUGGGCCGAGUGCUGCGUCAGGCAGUAGUGAUCCGGCAGGGGAGGCCUCGUUCCAGGAGACGAUCCGGCGGACAAUGGAGCGCAUGCAGGCAUCCGGCGACGAGGCCACAGCCGCGGCGUCCAAGGGUGGCGUGGAGGACGACUUCAUUGCCGAGAUGAUGAAGGCCAUGAAGGACAUGCCCAUGGGCGGGGGCGGAGAGGGCGGCGAGGAGGACUUUACCAAGAUGCUCAUGGGCAUGAUGGAGCAGCUCACCAACAAGGACAUCUUGUACGAGCCCAUGAAGGAGCUCCACGACAAGUUUCCGGAGUGGCUGGAGAAGAAUCGCGACAAGGUCCCCAAGGACGACCUCGAGCGCUAUGAGCAGCAGCAGGUGCUGGUCAAGGAGAUGGUCGCCAAGUUUGAGGAGCCAAAGUAUUCCGACUCGAAUCCCGCCGAUCGCGAGUAUAUCGUGGACCGGAUGCAGAAGAUGCAAGCUGCUGGUUCUCCUCCACCUGAUCUUGUGGGAGAUAUGCCGUCCGCUAAAGAAGUCUUGGACGGUCCAGAUGAGUCGUGCGCACCGCAAUAGCAGUGCGUCAUACAUAAACCACAGGAUGAUGAAGACAUCCGGAACGAUCACCAGCGGAUCUUAAUUGGCAAUGUCUGUACAUAAGGCUGCACUUGUAUUGUUCAUCUUAUGCUUGUACUUCUGCGAAAUAUCUUCC